AUGCUGGUCUAUCUUUCGACCAAGGGAGAUGCCCGAGAUGUGCUCGACCAGCUGGCGUUAUCAGAAUAUACCUGUCCCGGGGGGGAUGUUGUGCUGUGGAAGCUGCUGGACGAGAGCUAUGACGAGACCUCCUGUGAGCAGUUUGAGCGUGCGGAACGUGAGUUGCAAAGCUAUCGCCGCUUGCCAGGCCAGUCGAUAGCUAGCUAUGUGGCCGGGAUGAAGCGGCUGAAGGCCCAAUAUGUCAGGGUGGACCCCGAGACGGUGAUGAGUGCCAAGGCUUGGGGCCAAAGGUUACUGAACCGGGCUUCCUUGGGCCGCCGCGAGCGCUUGGAUGUUUACUAUAGUGCUGGUGGCUAUGACCCGGUGCAGAUCGAGGCCGCUCUUCGAUACAGGUGUGCCACCGUGCAUGAGGAUGAGCGGCGAGUGCCAUCGUCGCUUCCGAGUUCGCGCUCGACGACCCCCUCGGAGGAGGGCCACCCCUUUGACGAUGAGGCCACCUCCCAGGAGGGCACCGUGGAUGGCGAGACGGCGUUGGAGGCUUUUGCGGCCGGCUGGAAGGCGAAAGGAAAGCAAGCAGCCCAGCGGAAGGCCCGUGGAUGGAGCAAGCCCGGUUCUUCAUCGACUUCCUCCCCUUCGCGGUCCCUUGCUGACAAGAAGCGCUCCUCUACCUGUGCGAGCUGUGGAAAGACUGGGCACUGGAGAGGCGACCCGUGCUGUCCCAACGUUUUGUCUGGAAGGGACCCGCCACACCAGCCGGCAGCCCAACGCAAAUCAGACUCCGGCCGGGACGUGAACUUCGUGAAUUUCACCUUCGUGGCCGGUUCGCCUGGACCCCCAGCACCCCAGAGCAAGCGCGAAUGGCAGGUGGCUGGUGGCGAGGGCGAGGACGAGCUCUAUAUCCAGACUCCCGGCGCACAG